AUGACAGGUGAUAAAGGUGUGAUUUGUCAAAUAAGAGCCGGAAAGUGUAUUCUUAACGAUAAACUGUUAUCACCGGAUCUCAGAAAAGGAUCUUUAAGACUUUUUAAAGGAGAUGAUGAUUUACUGUCAGUACAAUGGGUUACAAGGGAUGAUUCUAAUGUUGAGGACGCAUUGUAUAUAUUCGAUGACGCAUAUCUUGAAAAGGUGCCAGAAUGUACAACUGGAGAGGUUUACGCACUGAAAUUCACAACAAACAACCACAGGUCGUUUUACUGGAUGCAGGAGACGAAUGUGACUACAAUAAAGGUAAUUUGGAUUCUAAUAACGGCUUUUAGACCUUCGUGGACUCAUUUAACAGGAACACUGGGUACAUAA